AUGAGUGGGGAGAAACGUAUUGCAGGACGGUCGCAGGACGAGCGUCAAAUGGCAUUGCGGUGCAUCAUGGCUGGGAUCCUGACGGGCCUCGUGAAAGGGAGUGGGGGUGGUUCAAGUAAAGCAGAUGAGCGCUUCGUGAAUAUGGGUGGGGGCGGCGCAAGGGUCACGGGCGCACGCGGUGCGGGCGGCGGCGCGGGUGCGCCCUUCGUGAAUAUAGGCGGGGGCGGCGCAAGGGUCACGGGCGCACGCGGUGUGGGCGGCGGCGCGGGUGCGCCCUUCGUGAAUAUAGGCGGGGGCGGCGCAAGGGUCACGGGCGCACGCGGUGUGGGCGGCGGCGCGGGUGUGCCCUUCGUGAAUAUAGGCGGGGGCGGCGCAAGGGUCACGGGCGCACGCGGUGUGGGCGGCGGCGCGGGUGUGCCCUUCGUGAAUAUAGGCGGGGGCGGCGCAAGGGCCACGGGCGCGCACGGUGUGGGCGGCUGGGCCGACACGUGCUUCGUGAAUUCAGGCAGGUGCAGCUUAAGGGGCGCAGACGAGCGUUUUGGAAAGGGUUCUCCAAGGCGGAGUGGGUGUGGGCUCACCUCUUGA